AUGGCGCCGACAGAUGCCUUCACGGUAGAAGCAACAGAUUCACCCAUCGAAGACGCGAGAGACUGGGCUGGCAAGGACGACCCAGACAACCCUCGGAACUACUCACUACUUCGAAAGAUCUCAUCGACCGCUGCAUAUAGUGGACUGGCCUUUGUGAGCACUCUUGCGGCGUCGCUGUACAGCUCCGGUAUCAACGAUGUCAAGGCGACGUUUCAUUGUUCUGAAGAGGUCGGCAUAUUGCCACUUUCACUCUACAAUCUUGGGAUGGCGUUUGGUCCUCUCAUUGGUUCGCCCAUGAGUGAGACCGCUGGCCGGAAAGCCGUCGUAUUGAUCACAACUCCUCUGUUCGCUCUUUUCACUUUGGGAGCUGGGUUCUCUCCAACGGUGGCUGGUCUGAUAAUUUGUCGCUUCUUGGCAGGAGCAGUGGCGGCUCCAGCUAUUGGCAAUGCUUCAGCAACUAUCACAGACUACACUGCUGGCAGGUACCGAGCGGUCACGAUGGGUUUCUACUAUACGAUACCAACGUUCGGCGCCAACCUUGGUCCUUUGAUCGGAGGCUUCAUCGUCCAAGCGAAGGGCUGGAGAUGGACGCAGUGGACGACCAUAUUCUUCUUGAUCACCUUCUACAUUCCAGUUCUGUUCACAAAGGAGACGUACAAGAAGACAAUCUUGCAGCGCAGGGCAAACGCGCUGAACAUCGAAGGACCACCUACACAGCAGCGCUCAUUUCUGGAGUCUGUCCACUACUUCACCACGAUCCUCUUCUUGCGACCAGCGCACAUGCUCUUCACCGAGCCCAUAGUGACGUUUGUCUGCCUAUACAGUGGCUUCCUCUUCGGCUUACUUUACGCAUUCGUCACAGCUUCGCCAUGGAUUUACGAGCACUACUAUGGAUUUGGCACCACUGGCCAGAGCCUGUCAUUCAUCGGCCUUGUUGUUGGAACGGCCUCAGCUCCCAUCCCGCUCUUACUCCUGGAUCACUUCAUCUACCAGCCCAAGCUGAAGCGCUUCAGGGUGGAGUGUCCAGACGGCGAGCGAUUCCCUCCUGAACAUCGACUCUACCCAGCCAUGAUCGCCGCGCCGCUGAUGCCAGUCUUCCUCUUCAUCUUUGCAUGGACCGUCAGACCCGAGAUACCAUGGAUCGUACCCAUCAUCUUUCAAGGGCUCACAAUGACUUCUUCUGUGGUCAUCUACGCCCCUUCCAACCUCUUCAUGAUGGAUGCAUAUGGCCCUUUGUAUGGUGCAUCUGCUGCGGGCGCUGCCAUGCUCAGUAGAUACACUCUGAGUGCGGUCUUUCCACUCUUCUCGCUGCAGAUGUACAAGGCAUUGGGGGUCGGGUGGGCGACUAGUAUCUUGGCAUUCUGUACUGUGUUGAUGGCGCCCAUACCUUGGCUUUUCUGGCGGUUUGGGGAAAAGCUUCGGGCGAGGACGAAGUAUGAAACGAGUGCCUAG